AGCUCAGACUCUCGUGAGCCAAAAGAGUCACCAAGAGUCAAACCGAAGGCAUCCUCAGAUCCCAAAAGUCUUCUCCAUAUCCUCUGACUUUCCACUGACUCCACCACUCGCUUUCUGCCACGUAUUCUUCGUUCCACUCAAUUAAUGAAAUUUUACAGCCUUUAAUUUCUCAAUCAAAUAGGAGAGUCGUCGACGGACGAAGCGAGAAAGUAGGUAUCUUUCAGAAAUUUCAAAAAAAAAAAAAAACAAAAAAAAAAAAUCAAAAGGGGAAAAAGAUUUUGAGUCUCCCUAAGGUUCAAACCCUAGGAAUCCCCGAAAUUUUCUCUCAUUCUGUCGCACUUUCUCGCGAAUUUUCUUUUCUUUUUCUUCCCCAAAUUUUCUUGGGAACUCUUCCGGUGCGAUUGGAUCUGAGUGGUUUUGGUUCCAUCAACCCGGAGGGGGAAUCCUUGCUAGGGUUUAGGGUUUGGUGAAGUGGAGGCGUUGGAUCUGGAGAAAGGCUCUGGCUUUGAGGAGUUGGUGGUAAAUUAGGGUUUGUUUUUUUUGGUGGUUGGGGGUGGAGUUAUUGGCGGUGUAGUGUGGUGUAGUGCGUUCAAGUUAGGCUUUUCCUUUUUCCUUUUUUGGUAAUUGUGAUUUUAGGGGAUUUUAGAUUUUUUUUGGAUUGUAGGAAGUGGUGAGGCGGCAGGGAGAUUUCUGAGCUGCCAAUGCCAUUUGUUUGUUUUUUGGUGAAUUUUUCGGUGAUUUUUGAGAUACCGAAAAAGUUUGAGCUCAAUGUCUUGGGCAGGCCCGGAAGAUAUCUACCUAUCCACAUCUCUUGCUAGCUAUCUUGACAAGAAACUUCUUGUACUGCUGCGAGAUAAUCGAAAGCUUUUGGGAAUACUUCGCUCCUUUGAUCAAUUUGCAAAUGCCGUUCUUGAGGGUGCAUGUGAGCGAGUAAUUGUCGGUGAUCUUUAUUGUGACAUCCCUUUAGGUUUAUAUGUAAUUCGAGGGGAGAAUGUUGUUUUGAUUGGCGAGCUGGACUUGGAGAAGGAGGAACUUCCCCCACAUAUGACUCGAGUUUCAGCAGCAGAGAUUAAAAGGGCACAGAAAGCAGAAAGGGAGGCGUCAGAUCUUAAAGGCACCAUGAGGAAAAGAAUGGAGUUCCUCGAUUUGGAUUGAUGUACAUCAGUAUGACAUCCAGUCCCACCAUUUUUCUUCAAGUUAAUGUCACGUCCGCAAAUAUUAUCGCGGUUGGGUUGGUGCUGGGAAGACACAAGGAUGGCUGGAUGGACGACGAUCUCUUGUUUUCUCGUCUUUCUCUCUCAACAUAUCAUUUCUGUAACAUUUUCAAAGAAUUUAUUUGACACAGAUGAGAAGAGGAUGUUCCAAAUUCUUCUUUUGGUGUUUUACAAAUGCCAAAUUAGUGCUUAUCCUCGUAUUUGUGGCAUCUGAAAUCAAACCAAUUGAUCUGAAAAUCUGUGGUUGGUUUUGCGUGA